CUUCAAGCCUGCCGCGCAAAGGCCCUCAACCGUCCGAAGGUCACGCGAUACUUCAAUAUCUUGACGCAGGUCAUCGAGGACUUCGAUAUUCCCCCCGAGAACAGGUGGAACAUGGACGAGAAGGGUGCCCAGCUCGGCGUCAUGGAUGACAUCAAGGUCCUCGUCGACCGUGACCAGAAGGAUGUC